AGUCAAAAUGUCUGCCGUUGACGAUACAACCAACGGCGUCGAAGCCCUCAAAGUCGAGGAAUCCAAGGGCAACCUGCCCGAAGGAGCUGCUGCCGAAGCAGAGAAGCGCGCCGAGGGCCACGCUGACGACUCAGACGACGAAGGAGAUGACGCCGAAGGUGCCAACGACGGAACCGAAGAAGGUGCCGCAAAGAAAAAGAAGAAGAGAAAGCCCAGAAAGAAGAAGAAGGCAGGCAGCGGAACCGCAAAGGGCCAGACCAACCCUCCACGAGUACCCAUUGCCCAACUCUUCCCCAAUGGCGCAUACCCCGAGGGAGAGGUUUGCGAGUACAUUGACGACAACAACUACCGUACCACCGACGAGGAGAAGAGACACCUUGAUCGCAUGAGCAACGACUACCUUACCGAGUACCGUCACGCCGCCGAAGUCCACAGACAAGUCCGCCAAUGGGCCCAGAAGAACAUCAAGCCCGGACAAAGCCUGACCGAGAUCGCCGAGGGCAUUGAGAAUGGCGUGCGUCACUUGACCGGCCAUCAAGGUCUCGAAGAGGGCGACAACAUCAGAGGAGGCAUGGGUUUCCCCACUGGUCUGAGCAUCAACCACUGCGCUGCUCACUACACNCCCAACGCUGGCAACAAAACCAUCCUCCAACAGGGAGAUGUCAUGAAGGUCGAUUUCGGUGCCCACAUCAACGGUCGCAUCGUCGACAGUGCCUUUACCAUGUCCUUCGACCCCACCUACGACAACCUGCUCGCCGCCGUCAAGGACGCAACAAACACUGGUAUCAGAGAAGCCGGUAUCGACGUACGCAUGUCCGACAUUGGCGCUGCCAUCCAGGAAGCCAUGGAAUCCUACGAGUGCGAGAUUGGCGGCGAGACCUUCCCCAUCAAGUGCAUCCGCAACCUGAACGGCCACGACAUUAGACAAUGGUCCAUCCACGGCACAAAGAGCGUGCCCAUCGUAAAGGGCGGCGAUCAGACCAAGAUGGAGGAGGGCGAAACAUUUGCCAUCGAGACCUUUGGUUCGACCGGCAAGGGCUACGUCAGAGAAGACAUGGAAUGCAGUCACUACGCAAAGGUUGCAGAUGCACCCAGAGUCCCUCUGAGAACGACGAGUGCAAAGACGCUGUUGAAGAGCAUCGAGAAAAACUUUGGCACUCUGCCUUUCUGCAGAAGAUAUCUUGAUCGUCUCGGUCACGACAAGUAUCUGCUUGGACUCAACAACCUCGUCCAAGCCGGUAUCGUGCAGGACUACCCUCCCUUGGUCGACAUCAAGGGCUCCUACACCGCACAGUACGAACACGAAAUCGUGAGCAGAGGCGACGACUAC